UCUCUGGCCACAUCAGUCCUCACAGUCCAUUGUCCCCUCCAUCCAGAUCAAGGUCAUCACAGAACCCACCAGAAUCAUGCCACCCAGGAAACCAGAGCCCAAGAAAGAGGAACCCAAGGCUGCUGCUGCACCACCACCACCACCACCACCACCAGAACCUCCAAAGGAACCGGAGCUGGACCUGUCAUCAAUCACAAUUGAAUUCUCGUCGGAUCAGAUAGAAGAAUUUAAGGAAGCCUUCUCACUCUUUGAUCGAACCCCUGACUGCGGGAUGAAAAUUACCUACGGACAAUGUGGUGAUGUGAUGAGGGCGCUGGGACAGAACCCGACCAACGCUGAAGUAUUAAAAGUUCUUGGCAGACCCAAGCCCGAAGAACUUAACACAAAACUGAUGGAUUUCGACACCUUCCUGCCAAUGCUACAACAUAUAUCCAAGUCUAAGGAGAAGGGCACCUAUGAGGACUUUGUGGAGGGUCUCCGAGUCUUUGACAAGGAAGGAAAUGGCACUGUCAUGGGGGCAGAAAUACGCCACGUUUUGGCUACUCUUGGGGAACGGAUGACAGAAGAUGAAGUGGACAAAUUGAUGUCUGGGCAGGAAGAUUCCAAUGGGUGCAUCAACUAUGAAGCUUUUGUAAAGCACAUCAUGGCCAGCUGAGCAGAAAUGUCCGAGUGUCUCCUUGGAACCCUGAGAAGUGACUCCUCUGUCUCCAGGCUGGAAUCUCCCUCCAUCUCAUUGGUCUUGGUAGAGAAGACCCCAAUAGUCACAUCCCCAAGGAAGGAAAGUGAUGAAAUCCUAUGAAAAAUAACAUCAUUAGGUCGUGUCUUAUUUAAUCCUGCAGAUCGGGGUCUUGUCCCCCAAAUAAAAGAAUUCCCAGAAUGAA